AUGGUGAAAAAGAGGCUGUCUUCCAACGACACGGUCUUCCACUUUGAGCUCCCUGGCAGUCCCAAGAAGGGCAGAGGAGAGGCCCUGCACAGCUCCACAGACAGCCCCGGCUCCGUGUUUCUGAGCUCAGAGGCCGAGAAUGGCGCCGAGGAGAAGAAGAAGGUGUGUAAAUCGCCAACAGCCCAGUCUCCUGCCUCCUCCGUGGACACCGAGUCCCCGGACUCCAAGAGAAGCAUCAGCCUUUGGUCAAAAUCCAGCUUUGACGGUGCCUCCUUAGCAAGCGACAAGAAUGACUAUAAAGCAGAAGGCAAAAGUGACUCGAAGGCUGAAAGGAAAAAGUCCUCCUCUUCUAGCCAGUACAAGGCAAAUAUGCACUUUCACAAGUUGUUUCUCGAGGUCCCAACGGAGGAGCCACUAAAGCAAAGCUUUACCUGCGCUCUACAGAAAGAAAUCCUGUACCAGGGAAAGCUCUUUGUGUCUGAAAACUGGAUCUGUUUUCAUUCCAAGGUGUUUGGAAAAGACACUAAGAUCUCUAUUCCGGCUUUCUCGGUAACCCUAAUAAAGAAAACCAAAACCGCGCUCCUGGUGCCAAACGCCCUGAUUAUAGCGACAGUCACAGACAGGUACAUAUUCGUCUCCUUACUCUCCAGAGAUUCAACUUACAAACUGCUCAAGUCCGUGUGCGGACACCUAGAUAAUGCAAGUCCCAACCCAUGCAGCACUCCCAAUCCAUCUUCUACUGAAAACUGUUUCCAAGUAGAGCGUCCUUCAUCCCUGCCUCUGGAUUUCAACGAGUUCCCGGAUCUGGACGGGGUGGUUCGGCAAAGGCGGCAGGACAUGGAAGGGUACAGCAGUUCCGGCUCUCAGACCCCGGAGUCAGAGCACUCGCGAGACUUCCAUGUGACUGAAUCCCAAACAUUUCUGAAUGUCUCCAAAGGAGAAGCGAAACCAGCCCGUGCAGACACCCAUGCAAACAGAGGACUGGAAGGAAAAGCCAAGAGUCACCCUACACACAGUCAAUUGGAAACAAGUGGAAUCUUGCAUAAAGUCAAGUCUCAGAAAUGUCCAACCCUUCACCAUAUUCUUAUAUUCUAUGCAGUUGUUGUCUGUGCAUUAAUCAUCUCCACCUUCUACAUGAGAUACAGAAUUAACACGCUGGAGGAACGACUAGGCUCACUCACCUCCUCUGUGGACAGCCAUAAUCCUGGGCAGACGGUACCCUCCAGCCUUGGUUCACAGGUACAACUGAACGUGGAAGUCCUCUGCCAAGAGCUUUCAGCUAACAUAGUGAAACUAGAAAAGAUACAAAGCAACCUACAAAAGCUGCUGGACAAUGGCGACUGAGCGGCCAGGCAGCUUGGGCCAACGUCAUACCUCAAGGUUCCCUCUGCGGAAGGUGCUCCCCAGGCGAUCUGGCAGAUGCCCCCUGCUGGUCAGAGGCGCAAACAGAUGAGAAUCCAGACACGUUUGCACUUGGAGGUCUCCAGCUCAGGAAAAGGGGAGGGGAAAAUGUCAGUUCUUGUGCAAUAAAUGUUGACCUUGACUCUUGAGGCAGUUUCUGCUGCUGCCGCAAGCCAGAGAAAAUAGGUCCCGGUGGUCUCUGGAAGACCCCUGGGGUCCUCUCUGGAAAGACUGCGGUUCAGCGAUGAGCAGGAUGGUAUCAGCAAAAAACACUCCACUCCCUGCCCCUCUUGUCCUCCCUCCCUCACCCUCUUGACCAACCUGCCGACUGUACUAGUGAACUCUCUGGUCUUCAACAAAUUAGCCAUGCGUCUCCCAAAUGCAAUCAGUGGCUCUCAAUGGACAGAUUUGCUUCAAAACAAGCCGUGCCUAUGUUUUGUCUAGUUUUCUUUUUGCGACUUGUCAUUUAAAAUUACCUGUGUAAUCUUAAUGUUUCAGUUUUGGCAAGAAUACCAGCCAAAGUAGAGGAAACUACCUUACAUAUGUUCUGGUUUUGAUCCGUAACUCACUUGUAAUUGGAGUAAUCCUCCCACCUCGUGACAAGAAGCUGAGGUAUUGGACUCAAGUACUACAUUUAACUCCUUUUGAAACCAAAACUAAUCUAAACCCAAAGGUGUACUAGUGACUUAAUGCAGGAUGACAGACAGCAGAUGUGUAAUACUCUAAGUGGACUGUGCUAGCAAUUUGGAAACAACAUGUUAAGAUUUUGUGCUGAAGCCGAUCUGUUUCAGCAUGACUACACUGUGUUUUCUUCCUUUGCUGGCUAAAAUAAAGGAAUGGUGGUUUGCUAACUUUACCGUAUGGAUUGGCUGGUUUUUAUUAAUAAUUAUUUAAGGUACCAUAAGAUCUGCAAGUGCAAAAAAAUUCUAUCAGCAAUGCAUUUUAUAAUCAUUUCUAUGAAAUGUCUUGUUUAAUCAGAUAAGCUAAUAAGUGAACUGGUCCCAUCGUUUGUAUUUGGUAACCUACUGGACAGCAACUGUGCCUGGUGCACCACUGGCUUCUAAUAAAUGCUCAUUGGUUAAAAUCCCC